AUGAGGGUAACAAGCGCAAAAAGUUCAUGCUUAUACGCAGCAUCAGCACACCUUGACAAAGAUCAAUGCGAUGUCUUCACAAUCAUCAAUUGGGAAAUGCUGUCAUUAGUGCAGCCCAAAUCCAACGCUUUUACAAGAGAGACAAUAGCAUUGCCAAGGUUUGUGGCGAUCAAAUCAAACUACAAUGGCAAAUACUUGCGCUACAUACAUGAAGAUGGUUUGGAGCAUGCGUUUGUCCAAUUCUCUGGGGAGGAGUUUGUGAGCCCAUACACAAAAUACGAAGUGGUGAUGGCAAAGACUAAUGGAAAUUCAAUGCUUGACCCGGAUCGACGUGAUCUCUACACCAUCAUUGAUUGGGAAUCACUGUUCAUACUACCCAAGUGCGUGGCGUUCAAAGAUGACUCCACUAGCAGCAGCAGCAGCAACAACAACAACAACUCCUCUUCCUCCUCCGUUUUAACUAGAAUUUUUAUUGGCCGAUCAGAAAAAGGAAGAAACCAAAAGCAAAAACAAGAAAACAACUCCCCUAAAUCUGACAUGUUGUUUUGGCCUACCAAAGUUGGCAACAACGUCGCUGCUCUCCGUAACUUGGAGGUGCACCUAGAGGUGGAUGAAACAGUUACCUCAAGGAAGAUAUAUAAUGUCAAUUUUCGCCUCCGAGAUGCCAGGAUUUACAACCGGAGCAUCCUCACGUUGGCCACUGAAGAUGCUAUUAACAGAACCCAAGAACCCAAAACUGUAGACGUCAAGCUCUCGUAUUCAGAGAGUAAGACCCGUGCUUGGAAUUCCAGCAUUUCAUUGAAGUUGUUGGGUGUUAAAACCACCAUCCAAUCCACUGUUCCACUCAUUAUUGCAGAGGGAAAAAUUGAGCUUUCGGGUGAAUUUAGUGGAGAUUACCAGUGGGGACAAACUGAGUCAUUGACAACUGAUAAGGAGAAUCUGUACAAGUUUAGUGUGCCACCAAUGACAAUGGUGAGGGUGAAUCUGAUAGCGACAAAGGCUUCGUGCGACAUUCCCUUCUCUUAUGAGCAGCUCGACACCACCACUCUUACUGAUAGACAACAAAAUACUGAAACCAUAGAUGAUGGCAUUUACACUGGCAGCAAUUACAUCGACUUCAAGUAUGAGACUGAACAAGAAAAGUUGUAA